AUGGUAACGCUAGAGCCCAAAGUUUACAAUUUGGCGAUUGAAUUGUUAGAUGGGUACUUCCAAAGCGGUAGACAAGAUAUAAUCGAGAGAAGAAAUUUGAGGAAACUCAAGCAAGAGCAAGGUGAAAAGUUUUCCCAUUUUAUGAUGCGUCUACGUCAACAAGCAAUAAAUUGUGGAUUCGAAAAGCACUCGGUAGAAGUCAGCGAGAUUUUGAAGGAGAUUUAUCUCAUCGAUGUUGUGGUUGAAAAUUGCUAUUCAGAUGCACUGAAAAAAAGUAUUUUGAAACGAGACAGAUCAUUGAGAGAGAUUGAAGAGCUUGCCGCUACAAUCGAGGCUACAGAACAACAGUUAAAAGAUUUAAAGGAUACUACCGAUUCUGUGCGCGACAAAGCAGUCUACGAUGUGAGAUAUACCAGGAGAAGCCAGGCGGCAAACCCUGUUCCUGUGUACAAUCCGUACAGAUUUGACCAAAGACGACCAGCUCUUAGCAAAACUGGAAAGGAUUUUCGCCCGAACACUUGUUUUUCUUAUGGUAAGGACGGGUACAUUGCAAGGUCGAUGGAUUGUCCGGCAAGAGGUCGCACAUGUCGUAGGUGCCAGCAGCUGGGACAUUUUGAAGCAGUGUGUCUAAAACAAGGUUCUAAACGUAGAGGGACAAUGCCCGUAGCGUCAAAUUUGAAAAGAGCAUACAAUGUCGAACCACCAAAAGUAGAACAAAUUAAUAGUGUUCCCGAGAGGAACGUUUCAGUAGAAGACAAGGUAUAUUAUGCGUUUUAUGGAGGAAACGAUAUUAAUGUACUGCCCACUAUGAUUGGCGGCAUUAGAGUAAGUAUGCUGGUUGACUCAGGCGCGGAUGCUAAUCUCAUUACAGUGAAAACAUGGGAAGUUUUGAAGCAUGAGAAAGUAAACAUCAUUAGCUCAACUAAAGGUUCAGCCAAAAUCCUGAAAGGAUAUGGAAGCGACAAAGCUUUGAAAAUUGUUGGAACUUUUCAAGCGGAAAUUGCCAUCGGAAAGAGACAAGUGAUUGCAGAAUUUUUUGUAGUCGAUGGUGGACAGAAAGACCUGUUGGGAGACUUCACUGCAAAACAGCUUGGUGUAUUGAAGAUCGGUAUAGAAGUUAAUAAAGUUGUUGACAAAUCACUUGCUGCAUUUAAUAAGAUAUCAGGUGUACAGGCACGCAUUCAUAUGAAUCCAGAAUAUAAACCAGUUUUUCAACCACUGCGCCGAGUGCCUAUUCCAAUGGAAGAUGCAGUUAAUAGGAAACUCGAACAACUACUGUUACGAGAUAUCAUUGAAGUAAAACAAGGACCAACUACGUGGGUGUCACCACUAGUUGUUGUUGGGAAAGCAUCCGGAGAACCUAGACUUUGUUUAGAUUUGAGACGUGUCAAUGAGGCUGUGGUACGAGAGCGUUUCCCAAUGUCCGUUGUAGAGGAAUACAUAGCUCGACUGGGCAAAGGAAAGAUUUGGAGCAAAUUAGAUAUCCGCGAAGCAUUUCAUCAGGUCGAGUUAGCACCGGAAUCGAGAGAUAUUACGACGUUCAUAACAAGUCGUGGUCUUUUUCGUUUCAAACGACUGCCAUUUGGGUUAGUGACGGCUCCUGAGAUCUUCCAGCGGAUAAUGGAAGAAUUACUAUCAGGAUGCGAGGGAACUUUUUAUUAUUUAGAUGAUAUUAUCGUGGAGGGUGAAACGAAGGAUAUUCAUGAUGAAAAUCUGAAAAAGGAGCCCACGGCGGUUACCACUUGCAGUUUCGUACGAAAUUCGUGGGAAAACAACGCAAUCUGCAAUAUUAUCCAGAUGUAUCAUCCAACAGUCAUACUGGUAAUAUUCUUUCUAAUCGUUCAAGUAAUAGCGGCUCACAACAAGAGCACGUUUUUGGAACAUUUCGAAGAUGAAAACGAACUGGCCGAUUUCAGCCGAUUAUUGUUGGAUUUAGUGGUGAAAAUGAAAGCAGGUCACUGUUACGCCUUCAUUACUGAUUCCCUGUAUAGAAUUUCCCUCACGGAUAAGUUAUUCCUAGAGAUUCGUAACCAUCCUCGGUUUAUAGUGCAUAUCCCGGAAGAUGAGGACACGUUGGACCCGGGAGCACGGGUCAUGUGCAUGCUGGAAGAGAUUCGUAAAAUCGGUUGUGGUGCUUAUGUAAUACUGCUCGCCAAUGGAAUCCAAAUGGAAAGACUGUUGAGAUUCGGGGAUAGGACUAGAAUCAUCAACACGCGGGCCAAGUUCAUCUUCCUGCAUGACUACCGACUGUUUGUGCCGAGCUUGCAUUACCUUUGGAAACGUAUUGUGAAUGUCGUGUUCGUGAGGCAGUUAAUCUUCGGAAAGCCAAAGGACAACCAUAGUAAUCAACAUUAUGAAAUCAGCACCGUUCCGUUUCCUUUUCCGCUGAAAGGGAUUUUCAUAUCGAGAAGACUGGACUUUUGGCACGGCGGGAAAUUUCGCUACGGUAAAAAGUUAUUUUUCGAUAAAACGGUCAGUCUGGAUGGACAAACGAUGAAAGUGGUGGUAUUGGAACAUACGCCGGCAAUUUUUCGCACUACUCAUAACGACACGGACGAACAUUUGAAAUUCUACGGACUCGAAGUGGAGCUUUUGAAGGCCAUCUCCGAGGCGAUGAAAUUUGAAAUGGAUUUUUACGAAACGGAUGACGCUACGUCGGUAAAAUGGGGAAUGAUUACGGAUAAUGGCACCACCGGGCUACUUGGUGAAAUGGCUGAAGGACGUGCCGAUUUUGCAUUGGCAGACCUCCAUCACACCGAGUAUCACCUGGAGAUAAUGGAUCUCAGCAACCCAUACAACACAGAAUGUCUCACCUUUCUCACACCAGAAGCGUUGACGGAUAACUCGUGGACGACGCUGAUACUCCCAUUUACCCCUGGUAUGUGGGCUGGGGUUUUAACAUCACUUUUCUCUAUUGGUUCGGUGUUUUAUGCAUUAUCCCGAUUGCUAAUGUACGUUCGGCAUGAUAAAAGAUACCAAAGAGAUCUUGAAAUGAUCGCCAGGAAACGGAAACCGAUUAUGAAAAUACAUCGUAGAUUGGUAAAGAAAAUUGUGAUUAUCGGUCGAGAAAAGCUGAAGUUAAGGUCAGAAAAGGCAAAAAAUGAGCAAUUGGACAUGACCAAGCUUAAAAUGCUUAAAAUGAUCCAAUUCAAACGGGAGGCUCACCCAUGGAAAGAUCCUCUACCUCCGAGGGACAUUUUUGACACAUUCUCCGGUUGUAUAAUUUAUACCUAUAGCAUGUUGCUUCUGGUUUCCUUGCCUCGCCUCCCCAAAGGUUGGCCUCUGCGUCUUCUAACGGGAUGGUACUGGAUCUACUGCAUUCUAUUGGUUGUAGCUUACCGAGCCUCACUUACUGCCAUUCUAGCCAAUCCGGUAGCUCGGCUUACAAUCGAUAGUUUGAAAGAUCUGUCCGAGAGUCCGAUCAGAUGUGGAGCCUGGGGAGAACAGAAUAAGCUGUUUUUCCAAACUGCUCAAGAUAAACCAUCGAUGGCUAUUGGGGCGAAGCUAGAACACACCCCGAAUGCGGAUGCGGCUCUGGAACGGAUCAUUGAAGGUAACUUUGCCUACUACGACAACGUGUACAUGCUGAAACAGUUGCGCGCUACUCGCAAAUCAGAGAAAGCUCGCGAAACACUUCACAUCAUGGAAGAGUGUGCCGUUCACAUGCCUAUUUCGAUCGGAAUGGAGAAAAACUCACCCCUCAAACCAAAGAUCGAUAGAUAUGUUCGUGCACUAGUAGAGGCAGGCCUGACCAACAAGUGGCUUGCGGACGCGAUUGAGGAGUUUCAGUCCAACAUUGAACUACCGCCUCAGGAAGCUACGAUGGAUUUGAAGAAACUAACGGCCGCUUUCAUAGCACUGGCGAUAGGAUGUGGGUUGGCACUUUUGGCAUUUGGUGUUGAGAAACUUUACUGGCGAUGCGUUGUCGAGAAGGAUCCAGCAUAUGACAAAUACAUUGUGGGAACGUUUUAUGGGAAACUUGUAAGAAGAUAG